AUGUACCGCAGACAGCAGAGACCACCCCUCCUCCCCCUCCUCCCCCUGACCACAGUGACGACCACCUCCUCAUAUGGAUGUGGGGGGUCCACGCGCUGCAUGUUGGGAUAUCGGCUCUUGUUUACAUUACGAUCUGCACACGUCACCUGCAGAGACUGGUCCCAGGUCAGUGCAAUUCCAGAGCUGAGAAGUGUUGUUGACAAGCUGAAUCUCAUUUCAAACCCUUCUCCUCACCCACCCUCACCCUUCCUCCCCCCCGACAGGAAUAAAUCAGCUGCCAAGACUCUAAUCGAGCGGUACUUUCGGCAGCUCACGGACGGCUGUGGAAAUGGAUCCUGCACCAAUGACUUCUGCGCCUCCAACGGUGACUUCAAACCUCUGGAUAAAAACGCAGCCGCCGUCAAAGCCCUGCAGCUGUUUAAGAACAACGCCAAACUGUGCGACCUCCACGUGCCCUGUUUGGACCGACAGGUCAGCACUGACCAGGGAGACUUCACAGGCAUACACCACUUAACAGAAAGCAACGUUCUUAUGAUGCUAAGUUUCUGCAAAGAGGCCAAGGAUUUCUCUGCCGCCGCUCAAGCCAUCGGACGAGUUUUCUCCAACUCUGAAUCUCUCAUGAAGAGUUUUAGAACAGACACCAAACCAGAACAGGCACAGAACCUCCCAAACGAGCCGGACGCAUCGGAAAAGGGCGCGACAGCUUCUCCAAAUCAAGACGCAAGUGAAACUGACUUAAACGUGGACAUCAAAGCAGUUCGCAGAGUCUAUGAAAAGAUCUUAGCCAUUGACGAAAUACAGGGAGCUCUUGUGGAUGCCAUGAUUUUCCUCACCCCGAAUUUGGAGCUGGAUUUGGAGUAUCUGGAAGUCUACGAAACCAACCCGGACUACCUCAACAUCUUUAUAAUCGUGAUGGAGAAUACGAAUCUGCAUAGCCCUGAAUACCUGGAAGUGGCUUCACCGCAAUUUUGCAAAGCUAUGAGUAAGCUACCGGACCAGGCUCAGGCAAGACUGGCCAAAGUCUGGUCCGAGUUCGGUCUUUCUCACAUCCGGCGCAUGAUGGAGACGUAUCAACAACUCAUCACUUUCACCAUAGUUAGCAACGACUACGACGCAGAUAACUUGGUCAACGACGACGAGACGGUAGUAGCAGCAGCCAAAUGCUUAAAAGUGGUUUUCUACGCGAGUAUUUUAGGAGGGGAGAUAGACGUGGGGCAUAACGAAGAAGACGAUAUAGAUUUUGAGUCUGAAGAGCUGUCACUGCACGAGCUAAUGGGAGAAGAGCGGAUUUACAAGAAGGGACCAAGAGUGGACCCUUUGGAGACAGAACUGGGCUUGAAGGCAAUAGACAGUAGAAAACCUCUGAUCCCUUUCGAGGAUUUCGUCAAUGACUCUCUCAACGACGUUCUGGAGAUGGACAAGGAUUUCACGUUUUUCAAAGUGGAUGAGGACAGCAAGUUUUCCUUCCAGACCUGUCCCUUUAUACUCAGCGUUAUCACCAAGAAUCAGGGCCUUUAUUACGACAACCGGAUUCGUAUGUACGGAGAGAGGAGGCUGACGGCUUUCUACAGCAUGAUGCAGGGACGCGAGCCCACGCCCUUUCUCGAGCUGAAAGUGCGGAGAGACCAUAUUAUUGACGACGCCUUGAUCCGGCUGGAGAUUAUAGCGAUGGAAAACCCGUCUGACCUGAAGAAGCAGCUGGUGGUGGAGUUUGAAGGAGAACAAGGCGUCGAUGAAGGAGGCAUUUCCAAAGAGUUUUUCCUACUGUUUUUGGAGGAAAUCUUCAACCCAGACAUUGGGAUGUUCAGCUAUGAAGAGGACACUGGGCUGUUCUGGUUCAGUCCCACGUCUCUGGAGAACGAUGCUCAGUUCUCUCUGAUCGGCAUCGUUUUGGGUUUGGCCAUUUACAACAGCUGCAUCCUGGAUGUGCACUUUCCCAUGGUGGUUUACCGCAAACUCAUGGGCAAGAAGGGCACCUACCAGGACCUGGCCGACCUCAACCCGGUGUUGUUCAAAAGUCUCAAGGAUUUGUUGGAGUACACCGGAAAUGUGGAAGACGACCUCAUGCUAACUUUCCAAAUCUCUCAAACGGACCUCUUUGGGAACCCGACUUUAUAUGACCUCAAGGAGAAGGGCGACCUCAUUCCUGUCACCAAAGAAAACAGACAGGAGUUUGUGGACAUGUACGCUGACUACAUCCUGAACAAAAGCGUCGAAAGCCAGUUCAAAGCGUUUAAAAAAGGAUUUUUAAUGGUCACCUAUGAAUCACCGCUGAAGUAUCUGUACAGACCAGAGGAGGUGGAGUUACUCAUUUGUGGCAGCAGGAAACUGGACUUUGAGGCUCUUGAACAGACGACAGAUUAUGACGGAGGAUACAGUAAAGACAGUCAAAUAAUCAAAGAUUUCUGGGAGAUCAUCCACUCGUUCAGUGAGGAGCAGAAGAGGCUGUUUCUGCAGUUCACCACAGGGACAGACAGAGCUCCGGUCGGAGGACUGGGAAAGAUGAAAAUGAUCAUUGCCAGAAAUGGACCAGAUACAGACAGAUUACCGACCUCCCACACCUGCUUCAACGCUCUGCUGCUGCCGGAAUACUCCACUAAAGACAAGAUGAGGGAACAACUGCUCAAGGCCAUCACGUACGCUAAAGGCUUCGGUCUGUUGUGA